AUGCAGUUAUUCAUUCGUGGAGGCAUAGAACUACUGUCCUUAGAUUUGGAAAAUAAGGACAUCACUCUCAAAGACAUUAAAGAAAUCAUUGCUGUUGAAUAUGGAGUCGAAACAGUAGACGAUAUUUUAUUAAGUUUCAGUGGUAUCCCAUUGAACGAUGAUGACAAACAACUUGUUACUGUUGGAUUAGUGCAAGGCGCUACAAUUGACGCAAGUGUUAAGCUGCUCGGGGGAAAAAUACAUGGUCAAUUAUCACGAGCCGGUAAAGUUAAAUCGGCAACACCAAAAGUUGAGAAACAAGAGGAUAAACCUAAGAAAUUAACGGGUCGUGCUAAACAACGCCAGUUGUACACAAAACGAUUUGUCAAUAAAAUUACAACAAUUGACGGUCGACAAUGUGGACCCAACUCAAAUCAAGCUUAA